AUGAAGGAUUUGGCGCUUGAGAAGGCAGUUGGCACAAGCGUGAACUGCACAUCUGACUCUCAAACAACAGGAGGUAUUAUAAUUGGCAUGAGGAUAUGUAACGGGUUUACAACAAAUGUUGGGAUUAUUGGGUGGGAUAGUUUGAAAAAUGCUUUACUGGGAACCAUUUGUGCUGGUAUAAUGGUUGAUAGUUUAGAGAGCUGUGUGUUUUGCCAAGCGGGGCUUAGAGGGGGAAAUCUAGGGAGUUUGGUGGAUUGGUUAGCGAAAAAAGCAUUUAUGGUGACUGCUGAGACUGAGAUUGGUGAGGAUCAGAAAGGGGUUGUUGCUCCCAAGUCUCCUUGGAAGACUCCUGCUGUUGAUGGGAAAGGAGGUGAUGUGUCUGUGAUGAUGGGCACUGAGUCUUGGCCAGCUCUCUCUGAUGCACAAAGACCACCCAAGAAUGUUGAGACAGCUGCUGCUUCUGCUGCUAGUGCUGGUGAGAUUGCUCCUAGACAUCCUUCUACGCAGAAGGUGAAUGGUUCCGGAAAUGCUAACCCAGCACAUAGGCUGCCAUCAUCCCGUCAUCCAAAGCCGGGUGCUAAGCGGAACUCAAGUGGUGCCCCUCCCUUUCCUGGUCCAAUGCCCUAUCUUCAACCAGUUCCUCCGUGUUUUUAUCCUGUACCGCCUCAGCACAUUGCUGUUCCUGGUUAUGCUAUUCCACCUGGUCCAGGACCUUUUCCGGGUGUAGAAAGCCCUUUGGGGAAGCCUGUAUCUCAGCUGCCAGGUCAAGCUUUUCCUCCAUCUGCUCAUGCUGUUGAUGCCAAAAGUGUUCAGCCGCCGGUGCAAGGGGACCCAAAUGCCUACGCUGCUAAUUUUUCCAGUGGAAGACCGAAUAUCCAAGAACAAGGUGACCAUCUAAAUCAUGUCUGGCAUCAUCAGAGGCCUCUUCCUUCCAGAGGAAACAUUCCUAUGCAACAUGGUUUGGGGCCAAGGCCAUUUAUACGACCUCCAUUUUAUGGUCCUCCUCCAGGGUACAUGGUUGGUCCAAGCUUCCCAGGACCUGCACCAUUUUGGUGUUUUGGCAUGCCACCUCCUGGGUCCAUUAGAGGUCCUCAUCCGCGGCAGUAUUUUCCAUAUCAUGUCAACCCCCCACAUCAGCCACCACCUCCAGACACUGUAUCUUUAAGGACUAAUGAAAGUAAUUCAUAUGAUAGGCAUAAUUCUUUGAACAAACUGCUGAUUCCAGAGCCUUCUUUUGGCAGUGAUGAAAAUCUGCAGCAUGACCAUUACCUUAUUUCCUUGAUGGAUGACCAAGGAUGGGUUCCCAUAUCCACUGUUGCUGAUUUUAAAAGGGUCAAGAGGAUGAGCACAGACAUACCUUUUAUCCUUGAUGCACUUCAAAGCUCUAAUACUGUGGAAGUUCAGGGUGACAAAAUAAGGAAAUGCAAUAAUUGGUCAAAAUGGAUUCGAGUUUCCUCUGGAAAUUCAGAAUCAUCUACAGCUCAGGUUGAACAGAGCCAAUUUGAAGAUGGUGCUGUCAAUUCUCUUAUCAAUAGUGAUGCUAUUGGUGAUAAGACAAAAGAGACUUCUGAAGCAAAUCCUAAAGUUGAUGUUCAUAAUUCAAUUUUGGCAGGACAUAAUCAGCCAAAUGAAGAUACGUUACAAGUUUCACAUUUGAACCAAGAAAAUAAUACUGUGGGCCAUCAUUCCAAUGGUAAAUCACUUGUGGUAACUGGUGAAAGUGUCAAAUUGUGCGUUUUUAACACAACUAAUAGUAUAUGUGCCAAACAAGAAACUGAGCCCAAAAUAUUUGACAAUAAUGAGACUGGAAACGUUGAUGCAUUGAAUGAUAUGGAUGGCCGAGACCUUUCAAAUGAUUUUGGCAAUACUUUUAUGCUCGAUGAAGAGAUAGAGCUUGAGCAGAAGAUGCUAAAGAAGACUGAACUUUCGUCUAGUGGAAGGAUUGAUGAUGAAGAUGAUGAGAUGGCUGUCAUUGAACAGGAUGUUCAGAGACUAGUAAUUGUCACCCAGAAUGGUGAUCCUAAACAAGGAUCUAGAGGUGAUGGUAAAGAAUCAAAAUCCAUUUCUACUGAGCUUGCUUCUGCAAUAAAUGAUGGACUCUACUUCUAUGAGCAGGAGCUGAAACAUAGGCGAUUUAAUCGCAGUAGAAAGAACAACUCUGAUAGUAGAGAUCGGAAUAUCAAAUCUCCAAGCCAUAAUUUGGGUGUAUCAAAUAUGAAGGCGGUUGAGAAUAUUGUUGGAAAUGGUGUUGAUGACUCUGGAAGCAAUACUUCUCGAAGGAAACAGAAAGUCUUUCACAAGCAACCAUCUUCCCUUAAGCAGCGUUUUUUCUCAAGUAAUUAUAGAAAUCAUGGAACUAGUCGUAAUUCUAAUGGAAUAAUAUCUGAAAGCCCGCCUAGUAAUUCAGUUGGAUUUUUCUUUGCUUCUACGCCUCCUGAAAAUCAUGGUUUCAAGCCUUCCAAAUUGAGUAGUUCACCGCAUGGGGGCCUAUCUGGUAGUCCACAUGGGGGGUUUUCUGGUAGUCCACAUGGGGGGUUCUCUGGUAGUCCACAUGGGGGGUUCUGUGGUAGUCCACAUGGGGGGUUUUCUGGUAGUCCACCUGUGGGUUCCAUGCCAAAGUCUUUUCCACCAUUUCAGCAUCCAAGUCACCAACUCUUGGAAGAAAACGGUUUCAAACAACAGAAGUACUUGAAAUAUCAUAAACGGUGCUUGAAUGAUAGAAAGAAACUUGGAAUUGGUUGCAGUGAGGAAAUGAAUACAUUAUACAGGUUCUGGUCCUAUUUUCUUCGGGACAUGUUUGUGCCUUCUAUGUAUAAUGAAUUUAAGAAAUUAGCUAAGGAAGAUGCCGCUUCUAAUUAUAAUUAUGGUAUAGAGUGCCUUUUCAGAUUCUACAGUUAUGGUUUGGAGAAGGAAUUUAGAGAUGAUCUAUACAAGGAUUUUGAGCAACUCACUCUGGAUUUCUACCAUAAGGGCAACCUGUAUGGCAUGGAGAAAUAUUGGGCAUUUCACCACUACCGGAAGAUCCGUGACCACAAAGACCCUUUGAAUAAACACCCUGAGCUGGAGAAGUUGCUCCGGGAAGAGUAUCGUAGUUUAGAGGAUUUCCGAGCCAGAGAAAAGAAUGUGGUAAAAGAUGAUUUCAAUUAA